AAAAAAAAAAGCCAGACAUACAAGACCUUCACAGUGUACAUCCAGGGUACUUGUCAGCGCCUGAGGAAGUCAUAUUUGACCUGAGCUUUGAAAGAUAAGCAGGAGUUUAAUAGUUUUAGAGAUAAGUUGGGGUUGGGCUUGGAUUGGGUUAGGUAUGAAGGAAGGCUGGACAGAGAGAAGACUCAGACCAAAUGCACCCCCAUUGAGUCAAUGACAUCACCUGGUGAUUCAGAACAGGGUAGAGCCGCCCCUGUGGGUUUCCGAGACUAACCAAGGGAGUCAGAGGCCCCGUCUUUGUCCCAGGCAGCGAGAACAGCACGUCAACAGCCAUGGGGCUGGGAAAGCACUGGCAGGUGGGAAGCACUCGAAGACAAGUGUGGUUCGCAAAGGCAGAGUGUAAAGUGGGGCUAGCAAGAAUGAAGGAAGUGUGAGGUAAGCGGGGGCCGAGCAGGAUGCCAUGCGGGGCUGUGAGCAGCAGGAAGGACAGUGACCUGAGCUGAAGAGCACCCGGCUGCGGAGGAGUAGACCGUGUGCAUUAUGAGCAGUAGCCGAUCCAGGGAGGCCGUUUCUACGUGGCGGGCACGAGGCCUGGAGGCAGAGAUUGGAAACCAAGGACUGAGAAGGGCCGAUGUGUAGCGCCAGGCUGGGAUAGCUGCCGAGAUGAGGAGGUAUUGAAAACCUUCCUUUUGAGUUGCAGAGAAACUUUCAGCUCAUGAGGGACCUAGACCAAAGAACAGAGGACCUGAAGGCUGAAAUUGACAAGUUGGCCACUGAGUAUAUGAGUAGUGCCCGCAGCCUGAGCUCCGAGGAAAAACUGGCCCUUCUCAAACAGAUCCAGGAAGCCUACGGCAAGUGCAAAGAAUUUGGCGACGACAAGGUGCAGCUUGCCAUGCAGACCUAUGAGAUGGUGGACAAACACAUCCGGCGCUUGGACACAGACCUGGCCCGUUUUGAGGCGGACCUGAAGGAGAAGCAGAUUGAGUCCAGUGACUACGACAGCUCCUCCAGCAAAGGCAAAAAGAGUCGGACUCAAAAGGAGAAAAAGACUGCCCGGGCUCGGUCCAAAGGGAAAAACUCCGAUGAAGAGACCCCCAAGGCUGCCCAGAAGAAGCUCAAGCUCGUGCGCACAAGUCCUGAGUACGGCAUGCCCUCGGUGACCUUCGGCAGCGUCCACCCCUCCGAUGUGCUGGAUAUGCCCGUGGAUCCCAAUGAGCCAACCUACUGCCUUUGCCACCAGGUCUCCUACGGAGAAAUGAUCGGCUGUGACAACCCCGAUUGUUCCAUUGAGUGGUUCCACUUUGCCUGCGUGGGGCUGACGACCAAACCCCGAGGGAAAUGGUUUUGCCCACGCUGCUCCCAAGAACGGAAGAAGAAGUAGAUGCGUCCUGGCAGUCAACAGUUUCUCCCAUGCCUCCCUGUCCCCCACCCCACCCCGGACCUGGGCUGGUGGGGAGAGGAAUGCCUGUGCUGGGCCCGGGGGUGCAGGGAGAAGUGGGCGGUGUAGUCCUGUCUCUCCUUCGGCUCUCCCCCUCUUCUGGUGCUGAGGCUGCAUCCAAAUCCUGCAGGGAGGGGUGCCGCAGCCACCACGGUGUGUGUGUGCGUGCGCACGCGCUUGCUCUCAUCCCCCCAGAGGGCAGUGCACUCGCCCACUCACCUUCUGCCUCCACGCCGAGGUUGGUGCUGUAUUUCAGAGGGGUGGUCCUCCACGCCCCUUGCUUUGUAUUUAAGGACUGGAGCAGUAAGCGUGGGGGCCCUCUACCAGCCCUCCAGCUUCUCCCCACCCCACUGUGGGGGGCUGUGGUGUGACGAGUUUUCUUCAUUCUCUUCCUGCUUUUUCCGUGGUGCGGGCUCCCCAGAGUAUCUGGGCUGUGGCCCUAUUUGAAAGGACACCCCUUCCUCCACGCCAAGGGGAUUCAUCCCGGCCUUGUGACUGGGAGAGGGGAGGUGGUCCUCAGAUAACACAUGUAAAGGAAUUGGGGUAGUUGAAUAAAAGCUAUCCAUGUCA